GUAGCUCGGUCCACUCUGAAGAAGGAAGUGUUGCGUGAGGGUGUCCCGUGGAGGCUAUUUACAAACAUCAAGCUCCGAUUGCACUGCACUAUCCCGGAACACACGCUCUCUAAAUCACCCCUGCUUCGAAAAAAUAAAUGCCCUGCAUAGGCCUGCGAGAAAUAAAACACGCGAAGAACAAGGAUCAUAAUCCGCACGGUGACAAAGCCGCACUCGCGAUAAGGAACAGAGAUAAAGCGCACGGAGCCGUGUCGCCGUUGCCUUCUCAAUGCAUACCCUUUGUGCUCGGGGAACGAUGAAACCAGAGAUCACCGCAGCCGUCGGAUUUCUGUCCAGAUUCCUGCGGAUAAAAGGACACGUAAACGACAGACAGCUUCAGACAUUCAGCCAAACCCUACAGGAUAUAUUAGCAGAGCAAUACAAGCACCAUUGGUUCCCUGACCGUCCCUGCAAGGGCUCUGGGUACCGAUGCAUCCGCAUCAACCACAAGAUGGACCCUCUGGUGGGGCAGGCGGCCCAGCGCAUCGGCCUGACCAUCCAACAGCUCUACGUGCUCCUGCCCAGCGAGCUCACGCUCUGGGUGGACCCGUUCGAGGUGUCCUACCGGAUCGGCGAGGACGGUUCCAUCUGUGUGCUCUACGAAUCCCAGCCCAGCGUCAGCGUCAGUGUCAACAACGCGGUCAACAUGGCUACUGGUGGCCAGCCUUCCGCCCACGCGGUGGCUUCACUGGUGGACAGUCACAUCAGCUGCAAGGAAGAACUGCUGCUGGGGAGGACCAGCCCCUCCAAAGCGUACAGCAUGAUGACCGUGUCCAGCUAAGCCUGCCGGGGCACAGGUGCUGUUUUUAAGAUAACGAGGAAAAAAAAGCAUACAAAAAGUUAAAUAAGGAAAGAAAAAAACAGAAAAAAAAACGAAAAGAAAAAGGAGAAAAAAAAAAAGCAGAGGAUGUGGCCUAUCAUGCAGGUGAUGGAAACCUCACAGGUUUUAAUUUCACUUGUCUCUUACGUUCACGUUUGUUGGUGUUUGUUGUUGGAUCUGCCAUUAAGUUCCCUUAUAUGAGGGGAUAGUGAGGAGAUGUUGUAGUGAUACACACUGGGGCAGCUAUAAGACCAGCGGAGUGUCUGCCCCUCCCUGGACGAAGCCAGGCCAGAAACGGCGGGGCUGUUAUUAUUGUUUUUUUUUUUUUUAAAAAGGUGUUCCUUUUUAAUGUUGAAUUUGCACUUUUAUUUUCAAAUGGUUUUAUUUCUUAACUGCCAUCACCAUCACCACAAACCUCUUUGUGUAAAGAGCUACUGUCUGGAUGCAUGAGUCUGAUGCAUCUCAGAAAGGAAAGAAACAGACAUGUGAAAGGAGUAGAAAUUAUAUUUCUCUCUUUUUGAAUUUAUUUUUUUUCUUUCUUUUGACACAACAUGGGGCGUCUGAAGUCCAGCUUGAGCUAAUGUCUGUCCAGACCUCAGUUCCGUGCCCAUUUCAAAACCUCUUUAAGACAACUACUCUCUGUUGGACCACAGGGCAAUCUCUUUUGGUUUUGUUUCUUGUUUAUUUUAUUUUAUUUUUUCGUUAUGAUUGAGCACUGGGUGGACAUCAGCUCUUAUACUGGACUUCUGAGGCCCCAGAAGACAGAACUGCAGAAAGCCCUCUUAACCGUUUACGGUGCCGUUUUGUGGCGCUGCAAGGGGGGGAUGCGUUCAUGAUACCUGUUACCAUGGAUACCAUCGCCGUGUCACCAGCGCAACCCUUUGCAUGCACGUAGCGUUUUCUCUUCUUGUUUUUGUUUCCAGGGAGGAGCCGCGCAUAUGUUCCCCUCCCGCUCGAUGAAUGUCAUACUGUCAAAAAAAAAUCACAAUCGAAUAAUACCCCGACUGCCCCCCUCUUCUGUUUUAUAGCCCCUGCUCCCAACCCACCCAAAGUCCUUGUUAAACACCAAAUGUAAGUAUGUAGCAUAGCGGUUCCUGGCGUUGAAGGUAGAGAGAAGGUGGGUAUGUGUUGUUUCUGUUUUCUGCCCCCCCCUGCCGCCCCGCAAGAAAUGACUUUGAAUGCACUUUUGACAGAAGGGCCCAUGUGGGAUGUACUCGUCGAGGUCUCCUCGAACCACGCUGCAUUCCGACGUCCCGGGUGUCUCGGAGGCCUGGGGUCCGCUUGUUUGGUUUCGCUUUGUUAUGUUGCCCUCUCUCGCCAAGACCAUUUCCUCCCGAGGAGAUUUUUUUUAAUGGAUGUAACUUUAAGUUUGAGACACACACACACACACACACACAC